AUUACCUCUUUCAAGUUGGGCAACGUUAAGUAAUUAUUUCCACGAAUAUAUUCAAGGGGGUACUUAUCUCUUCCAAGUUUCUGUGAAUAAUUACAAUCCAACAAGUGAGGAUGAUUAUAAUAAUCCAUUAUUCUCCUCGGCCCUUUCACGGGAUCGAACUCUUGUUCUCACAUGGGACAUAGAGACAUAUAGUUCGCUUGGACUAGGCAACUUCCCCACUGCACAGAGUGAUGAAUCCAACGUAUUUAUGAUCUGCAUGUCAGUCCAUUGGAAAGAUGAUCCCAAUCCAUUAAAACAAAUUUGUCUUGUCGAUGUUGAAACUGCGCCAGACCCACGCUGGAUCACAGUUGUAUGUGGGAACCAAACUAAUUUACUGAAAGCAUUUGCAUUGUGUUGGAAGAAUCUAGCCCCGGAUAUACAAAUAGGUUUUAAUGAUUCACAAUAUGACUGGAGAUUUAUUGUAGAGAAAGCGAAAAAGUUAGGGAUUCUCGAAUGGAUGUUCAAUCAAAUGUCAUUAAAACCUUCGUGCCUCGAAAAAAUUUCAAAAUGGCAAUAUCAGUAUAAUAAGAUAAAAGUUAAUGAUAGGGAUUUCCAUUCAAAACAUCUUAAAAUUCCCGGAUGCGUAGCUAUUGAUGUACGACCAUGUUUUAUGAAAUUCUAUCCUAAGGCCGAAAAGAGUAGUUUAGCAUAUUACCUAAAGGAGUGUGAACUUGAUAACAAGCUAGAUAUGCCUUUCCAACGUAUGUUUAAGUAUUAUGGAAGGGCGUUAAAAGAAACCAAUGCUACAACGGCUGAGCAGAUGCGUGAAGUAGCUGAGUAUUGUAUUAUCGAUGCUAUUAGCUGUCAGCGGUUAAUAGUAAAGCAUAAUGCAAUUAACGAGUACAGGGAGGUGGCAUCCGUAGCCUUUAUAUCAUUAUAUGAUUCACAUUAUUUUGCAGUAGGAAUGAAAGUGCGUAAUCUUUUAAGUGCCGGUGCAUGGCAGGAAGGGAUUUUAACUAGCACAAUUCCAUGUGAACAAACGGAAGCAGGGAAGUACCCUGGGGCUUAUGUUUUCCCGCCGGUAAAGGGUCUCGAAAAUAGACGACCUGUAACCGGCUUAGACUUUGCAUCAUUAUAUCCAAGCCUUAUCAUGACAUACAAUCUCUCACCUGAUAAAAUCAUUUUAUCUCGAGAGCGUGCCGAAUCUCUAAAGGAAAGUGGUAAAAAGCUUCAUGAAAUUAAAUUCAAAUUCAAUGGUCGUGAUGUUCUCGCAUGGUCUAUUGAGCAUGAAAACCAAGCCGAAAUGAAAGGCCUUUAUCCAAAAGUAUUAGAGAGGUUGCUAAUUAGACGAAAUUUACUAAAAAAACGUCUUGCUCCAUUAAAGGAUAAAAAAGAAGAAUUAGAAAAGGAGAUUAGUUUGGCAGAAGCGAGGGGCGAGGGCGUUACAGAUGCUUUUAAAUCUGAAUACUCCUCAGUUUCCUUCAUUGUCGCCUGUCUAGACGCAAAACAACUAGCCUUAAAAGUGUAUAUGAAUACGUUUUAUGGUGAAGCUGGGAAUAGUGGAUCCCCUUUCUUCUUACGUGAACUUGCAGGAGGUGUCACGUCAGCUGGGCAGAAAAACAUCAAGCUUAUAGCAGAUUUCGUUAAAAAUAAGGGAUUCGGGAUAAAAUACGGUGAUACUGAUUCCUUAUAUCUCGUCUGUCCAGAAGAAUGCUUCCAGAAGUGUGAUGAAGCUUAUGAUAGUGGCAAUGGAAUCUCUAAAGAAGAAUAUUGGUCCCAAAUGGUAAAAAUUUCUAUGGGGGCAAUAGAAAGACUCUGCGACGAAGUUAAUGACUUUCUCAAGGAAGAUAACAGCUCCCAUUAUCUUAAAAUGGCAUAUGAGGAAGUCUUAUUUCCGGUAGUAUUUACUGGAAAGAAGAAAUACUAUGGUAUCCCGCAUGAAAGCAAGCCGAACUUUAAUAAAAAACUCUUCAUUCGGGGAGUUGAGGUUGUAAAGCAAGGGCAGUCUAAACACUUUCGUGAGGUGGGUAAGAAGGUCAUGGAAGAAUCUAUGAGGCUGGAUAAUACUCGCGCCUUGCAUCAGAUUGUGGAGGACGUGCUCAAAGAGACCAUAAAUGAUAUUUCACAGAUAGACCUUAAUGGAGUGGUUAAAACUGCUGUGUGGAAGCCCGAUAAGAAUAACAAGAGUGUCUAG